AUGGGUAGCCACACAGCAUAUCGUACGCUGCGAGGUACGCUCGGCAGACAGCAAUGUCGAUUCCGGAGGACGUAUGCCACCGAGGCACAGCAACCUGCUGCGACAGUGUCGUCCGAGGCAGAGGUGGGCUCAGCGAGAGCCUACUGUCUGGAUCUUCUCAGAAAAUACGACACUCCCUCGUUCCUUCUACACUCAUACAUGGCCCCCAAAACCCGAGACGCCUACCUCGCCAUUCGCGCUUUCAAUAUAGAAGUCGCUAGGACUGCCGAUACCACGAGUACUCCCACCAUUGGUUCGAUGCGCCUCCAAUUCCAGCGAGACGCCGUAGGCAAAGCACUGGCUGGAACUCCUCCGAAACAGCCCAUCGCCAUCUUGCUCGCCCAUGCCGCUGAGGACUUGCAGAGGAGGACCAAUGGCAAAUCAAAGUUCAGCAAGAGCUGGUUCAACAGAAUCAUAUCCACCAGAGAGCAGUACCUGACGAAUCCACCCUACCCUGACCUGGCCGCUAUCGAGUCAUAUGCCGAGAACACAUACUCGACACUGAUGUACUUGACCCUUCAAGCCAUGCCAAUGGCCUCCCUCUCCGCAGAUCACGUCGCUUCACAUAUCGGAAAGGCAACCGGAAUCGCCACUAUCUUGAGAGGCUUACCCUUGCUAGCUUUUCCGCCUCCGGCGAACCAUCACUCGAAUCAAGGAGGCAUGGCUGGCCAGGUCGGUGCCACUAGACAAGGCUCUGUCAUGCUGCCCCUAGACGUCAUGGCAAGUCACGGCGUGCGAGAAGAACAAGUGCUUCGCGAAGGUGCCGAGGCUCCCGGUCUGAGGGAUGCUGUCUUCGAAGUCGCGACAAGGGCUAGCGACCACCUCAUCACUGCAAGAGAGAUGGUAAAGAACCUGCGAGCUGGUCAGGACGCAGGCCACGACUUUGAGCAUGGCCACGAGGAGGAACACAUGAAUUACGCUUCUCCUCAGACUUCAACGUCUGCACAAGAGAUCCAGCAGGCUUUCCCCGUCUACCUUUCUGCUGUCCCCACAAGUCUGUGGCUCGAGAGGUUGCAAAAGCACGACUUUGACGUCUUUGCCCCGAAGCUCAGAGUGACCGACUGGCGACAGCCGUGGAAGACGUGGCUGGCAUACAACAGAUCCAACUUCUGA